CGGCGCGGCGCGGGGCCAUGCGGCAGCCCGGGGCGGCGGCGGCGGCAGCGGCGGCAGCGGCGGCGGCGCCGCCUUCCUGCCCGCGGCGCGGCGGCCGGAGCGCCCCGCGCAGCCAUGGGCGAUGGGUGGCUGCCGCCAGACUGCGGCCCCCAGAACCGCUCCGUCGCCGGCGGCGGGGUGACCGCCGCGCCGCCCGGGAGCCGGCAGCUGCCCGCCGAGCUGCUGUCGCAGCAGUGGGCUGUGGGCAUGAGCCUGCUGAUGGCCCUGGUGGUGCUGCUCAUCGUGGCCGGUAACGUGCUGGUGAUCGCGGCCAUCGGGCGCACGCAGCGGCUGCAGACCCUCACCAACCUCUUCAUCACCUCGCUGGCCUGCGCCGACCUGGUGAUGGGGCUGCUGGUGGUGCCCUUUGGGGCCACACUGGUGGUGCGGGGCACCUGGCUCUGGGGGUCGUUCCUCUGUGAGUGCUGGACCUCCCUGGACGUGCUCUGCGUGACGGCCAGCAUCGAGACCUUGUGCGUCAUUGCCAUCGACCGCUACCUGGCCAUCACCUCGCCUUUCCGCUACCAGAGCCUCAUGACCAAGGGUCGGGCCAAGGGCAUCAUCUGCACCGUCUGGGCCAUCUCGGCCCUGGUCUCCUUCUUGCCCAUCAUGAUGCACUGGUGGCGGGACGAGGACCCCCAAGCGCUGGAGUGCUACCAGGACCCGGGCUGCUGCGACUUCGUCACCAACAGGGCUUACGCCAUUGCCUCGUCCAUCAUUUCGUUCUACAUCCCCCUUCUCAUCAUGAUCUUUGUGUACCUCCGGGUGUACAGAGAAGCCAAGGAGCAGAUCAGGAAGAUCGAUAGGUGCGAGGGCCGGUUCUACAGCAGCCACGAGCAGCCGCAGGCACCCCCUCACCCUCACCCCCACCACCACCCCAUCCUUGGCAACGGCCGCGCCAGCAAGCGGAAGACCUCCCGCAUCAUGGCCAUGAAGGAGCAGAAAGCCCUCAAGACUUUGGGCAUCAUCAUGGGGGUGUUCACCCUCUGCUGGCUCCCUUUCUUCCUGGUCAACAUCGUCAACGUCUUCAACAGGGACCUGGUGCCGGACUGGCUCUUUGUCUUCUUCAACUGGCUGGGCUACGCCAACUCCGCUUUCAACCCCAUCAUCUACUGCCGCAGCCCCGACUUCCGCAAGGCCUUCAAGAGGCUUCUCUGCUGCCCGCGGAGAGCCGGCCGGCGGCUGCACGCCAGCGGCGGGGACCUGGCCCGCCUGCCGGGGGGCUUCGUCAGCACCGUGGGCUCCCCCGAGCGCAGCCUGGCCGGGACCUGGUCCGACUGCAACGGGGGCGCGCAGGGCGGCAGCGAGUCCAGCCUGGAGGAGAGAAAUAGCAAAACGUCCGAUUCCGAGUCCAAGGGAACAGUCAGGCUAAUGGAUUUUCAUUGCCUUCUGCUUCUGUUCACCAGUCUAGGUGAAUUCAAAACACUGCUGCACGUGUGUGCUCUUUCCAUGCUCACUUGUCGCAACUUCAAGUAUUUGGAGUUUAGCAAACAUAUUGGUUACCACCAUCAGUGCCACCCCAACUGGUGAGGAAAACGUGCAGGUUAACCCCCUGUAUCCAACGAUGACUUGUGUCCUGCUGCGUGGACAUCUGUGUUUUAUGCUAGGUAGCGGCAAGUACGCAAUUCCUUACUUAGAGUGGACACUGGUUUCCUACUAUUAUGAGCUCUGGCUUCGAUGUCCUUCAAGAGAGACAUCAUUUCCCCACUGGGUUCACCAAAAACUGGUUGGGUCUCUAAACCCCUCCUUAGUUUACAGGCUUUGCCGAGCGUGCCGUAGGGCUUUUUAUUGGGGAAGGAAGGGAGGUGGUGUAGGAGGAAGCUAUUACAAAGCUAUAUAACGUAAACAGCUUUCUCAUGUAAACUCCAAGCUUGGCAAGGAAGAGGUUAAAGCUAGGGGGUAGCUGGGGGGUACUUAUUAGGGCAAAGAUAUAAAUAGAAAGUCGGGAAGCCUAGGGAGGGGCAUGGGGGAAGGGGAAACCAUCAGUUGACCCUGGAUGGGGUGGACUCCAGCAGCUUGGUGAGAGCCCCCGGCUGCUCUGCCCUCAGGUUUGGACCUGGGUCUUCCCUAAGGCAUCACCCCGCAGAGGGGGGAUGCUCAGACAGAAACCCUGCAUAACUGACCGGGAGUCGUGUUUGUUCAAAGCUGAACUUGAAAGGUGUUUGGGUCACUUGAAAACUUUCUGCAGAGCCAGAAACUGCUGCUGCUCCUGCCUGCCCUUUCCUGCCCCAAACCUUCGCUGGGUCCACCAGCGCCUGCCCAGAGCCAGGGAGCUGCUCCCUGCCCGCUCGGAUGGCUGGAGCAGG